CAAGUGGGUGCAAGCAUGAAGGGGCUGCUGAUUCUGAGUGUCCUGCUGGGGGCUGUCCUGGCCAAAGAGGACUUUGUGGGGCACCAAGUGCUCCGAAUCUCUGUGGCCGAUGAAGCCCAGGUCCAGAAGGUGACGGAGCUGGAGGAGCUGGAGCACCUGCAGCUGGACUUCUGGCGAGGCCCUGCCCAGACCGGCUCCCCCAUCGAUGUCCGAGUGCCCUUCGCCAGCCUCCAGGCCGUCAAAGUCUUCUUGGAGACCCAUGGCAUUGAGUACACGAUCAUGAUCGAGGACGUGCAGUCGCUGUUGGACGAGGAGCAGGAGCAGAUGUUUGCCUUCCAGGCCCGGGCCGCCUCCACUGACACCUUUAACUACGCCAUCUACCACACCCUGGAGGAGAUUUAUGGCUUCAUAGACAUGCUGGUGGCUGAGUACCCACAGCUCGUCAGCAAGCUCCAGAUCGGCAACACCUACGAAGGCCGUCCCAUCUACGUGCUGAAGUUUAGCACCGGGGGAGACAACCGUCCCGCCAUCUGGAUCGACACGGGCAUCCAUUCCCGAGAGUGGGUCACUCAGGCCAGUGGGGUCUGGUUUGCAAAGAAGAUCGCACAAGACUAUGGCCAAGACGCAGCCCUCACCUCCAUUCUUGACAGCAUGGACAUCUUCCUGGAGAUCGUCACCAACCCUGACGGGUUUGCCUUCACCCUCAGCAAGAACCGCUUGUGGCGCAAGACUCGCUCGAUCACGGCAGGCUCCCUCUGUGUCGGGGUGGACCCCAACCGGAACUGGGACGCUGGCUUUGGGCUGGCUGGAGCCAGCAGCAGCCCCUGCUCGCAGACUUACUACGGCAAGUUCGCCAAUUCCGAAGUGGAGGUCAAGUCCAUUGUGGACUUUGUGAAGAACCAUGGGAACAUCAAGGCCUUCAUCUCCAUCCACAGCUACUCCCAACUCCUUCUCUACCCCUAUGGCUACACAACAGAGUCAGCCGCCGACCAGGCAGAGCUGGAUCAGCUGGCUGAGUCUGCUGUGAAGGCCUUGUCCUCUCUGUAUGGGACCCAUUUCAAGUAUGGCAGCAUCAUUGACACCAUUUACCAAGCCAGUGGAAGCAGCAUUGACUGGGCGUACAACCAGGGCAUCAAGUACUCCUACACCUUUGAGCUCCGGGACACUGGGAGCUAUGGCUUCCUGCUGCCAGCCUCCCAGAUCGUCCCCACGGCCCAGGAGACUUGGCUGGCGCUCCAGACCAUCAUGGAGUACACCCUGAAUCACCUCUACUGAGCCCACCCUUCGGCCCUCUCCUCCUUAGCCUCCCUGACCACCAAAUAAAGUCUGAGCGUAC